GCCGCGGCCCCACGCACACACUCACCGCGCGCAAUUAACCCCCGGGAGCGGCAGGAAGGGAGGAGGCGAGCGGGAGGAGGGAGCCCAAUCGCGCGGCGCCCCCGCCCCGGCCCCGCGCGGCGCCGCCUCCGCCAUUGCUGCGAGCAGAAGCCGGCGACGCGGAGGCUCGGAGCGCGGUCGGAGCCCAGACCUGCCGGAGCCGGGCGUGGGGCGGCAGCCUCGGGUCUCCCGGAACCAUGGUGAAGUUGGGGAACAAUUUCGCGGAGAAGGGCACCAAGCAGCCCCUGCUGGAGGAUGGCUUCGACACCAUCCCCCUGAUGACGCCCCUCGAUGUCAAUCAGCUGCAGUUCCCGCCCCCGGAUAAGGUGGUCGUGAAAACGAAGACCGAAUAUGAACCUGACCGCAAGAAAGGCAAAGCACGUCCUCCCAAGAUAGCCGAGUUCACCGUCAGCAUCACCGAGGGGGUCACUGAGAGGUUCAAGGUGUCCGUGCUGGUCCUCUUCGCCCUGGCCUUCCUCACCUGUGUCGUCUUCCUGGUCGUCUACAAGGUAUACAAGUAUGACCGCGCCUGCCCCGAUGGCUUUGUCCUCAAGAACACCCAGUGCAUUCCAGAAGGCUUGGAGAGCUACUACGUGGAGCAAGACUCCAACGCCCGGGAGAAGUUUUACACCGUCAUCAACCACUACAACCUGGCCAAGCAGAGCAUCACCCGCUCGGUGUCGCCGUGGAUGUCCGUCCUGUCGGAAGAGAAGCUCUCAGAGCAGGAGACCGAGGCUGCCGAGAAAUCCGCUUAGCGAGAUGGGCAGGUUCCUUACAGCGUCACUUGAAGGUAACAAAGGGACUCUGAGGGACAUUUCAUUCAAUGUAAUUACCGAUAAUUUAGAGGUUACUCAUUUAUGGUGCAACCGCUUCUGUUUGCUAAUGCUGCUUUGCAAAUAAAACUUGCUGCAGAAGACCCAUGGGCAUAAAGUCAGGUGCAUAUCAGCAUUGCUUAAAGAGCUCUGACACCACGUUUCAUGUUAAGGAAUCUUAAUUUAGUGACUUUACGGGGAUUUAUUGGAUGCUGUAAAAAAAAAAAAAUCUACACUGGAUAUACAAGGGGUUCGGACUUCAGAUCAAUGUAAUGCAUUUUUUUGGAAUUGAUUUUUAAACCACCUUGCCGUUUGCAAACCCUACUCCAUAGCCAUAUCUAGAGCGACCCCUCGCUUUGCUAAGAGCAAGCUGUACUUCACUUUUCUCCCUGUCUCCUGUCAAUGGCAACUGUGCCAAUGGCUGAGGUGCGCUGUAGUGGGUGGCAUAGGGAAGGAAGGAGAGAUGCCAUCAGGUCGCAGCUGUGCCCUCCCCUCCCUGAGCGCGCGGGUGCUGCAGCAAGCCCGCUCUGCGGGCCAAACGCUGCCUCUCGGUGCAGAGCGCCCGCUGGGCCGAGGAGGCCGUGCAUCACUGGGUGCAGGUGGACGGGGGGACUGCGGAGAGGUGACCCUGGGCCCCUAGCAGCAGACCCCGCCUCCCUGUAGUAGUCUGUCUGCUCUGUGGUGUGCUGAGUAGGAAUGAAACCCACCGGCCCUUUUAGUCGUGUCUGUUAUGAAUACUUUCGUGUAACUGCUGGUAAGCCAGGACUACUUUAACUUGUCUUUUGUGGGACAGAUGUAACUGAUUUGAAACACAGGCAGGAGAGGCCAGGAUGGGGGCUGGUGUGGCACCUGCAAGUCCAGUUAGGAGAUUUUCAUUCACCCUCUUCGUAAGACAGCUAUGUCUCAGCCUGACUCUUGACAUUAAAGUGUAUGUUUACAACAUCGCCAGUUAGAUAAACGACGUGUGUGAGACAAUUAAAUAGAGAAAAGACAUUGACGGGCAUUCUCUUCCAUGUCAUUUGAAUGUGGUGUUUCUGGGGGACAUGUCAAGUUUCACUGUUUUUUUAGAUCAAAAAAUAAAUGACAAACAGUGCGAGA